UGAGCUAUGCUAAAGGAACACCUAGAUUUGGCUCAGUCUGGAGAGAACUGGUUUUGAGAAUCAGUGAAGGCUGCAAAAGUGUAAUUUGGAAAUUAUUUCAGUUCAGAGGUGAGCCCUGUCUUAUCUUUGGACAGUAGUUAGUAACUGGCGCACCAGGAGUUGUGGAGUGGCUGGGCCUGGGCUUUCAUCUUGGCCCAGCCUCUUGUUAGCAGCCCUUCAAGUGACUGGAGCUUUAUGGAGAACAGGCUGCAACCUGGCUUUGCUCAGCCUGCCGCCAGUGUGGGCAAACCUCUUCGCUGGCAGGGCCCGGGGCGCGGCGCUAGGUCUCACCACCCCUCUCCCCAGCCAACGGCUUUCUCCCAGCCUCCCAAGACAGCCUCUCACCCGGCCAGGCAGGCACCCUGGCGAAUCUGAUCCCUGGCCUAGCUCAGCUCACAACACGGGUGUCCCCGAGCCCCACAGCAGCCAUUUCCCCGUGUUUACCCUCCUCGGUCCUCUGACCACCCCCUUCACCCUCAGCUGAUGACCACCUCCCGCUUCGCAGUGGAACUAGUAGCGUCUCCAGCUCUCCAGCCCCGAUCCUCCCUUCCCUUCCCUUCCCGGCUUCCCAAGAGCCUCAGGCUCUCCAAGUGCCCACUUUUCCUGGGCUUCGAGUGUCUUGAAAGGAAUUCCUUCCAGACUUCCAGCUUCCUCUAGCUCGGAGUUCCUCCACAUCUGUGGCUCCUGAUGUCAGGGCUGGACGCCGCAUUGGACACUGCAGGGUGUUGAGCAGCAUCCCUGGCCUCCACCCACGUGGUCCCAGUAGUGACAUCCCAGUGGUGAAACCCAAAAAUGUCCUGACAUUGCCGCAUGUCCCCUGGGAGGCAGAGUCUCCCCUAGCGAGAGCCACUGCUGUGUGUGUUGGCCUCCCACCCACAUACUGUCCUGUUCCCUGUCUCCACCUCCUUCCAGAAGCAUCCUCUCCCAUUGGCUUUCAGGAGCACCUCCUCCUCCCACCUGUCUAACUGCCCCUGAGGCCACGCCCCAUCUGUCUUUAGGCCUUUCCCCAGCCUUCGACUCAGCCGGUUAUGCCAGAGGGUUAUGUCAUUCUCCUCUUCUUCCAAAGCUGACACUCAGGGUGGGCAGAGUCACCUCAUGGCUCCCAGCUGCCCUCUGUCUGCCACCUCCUUUUUGACCAGAAGGCUGUCCUGAGCUCCAGACGCCCUCGGCCCCUUAAAUUCAGUAUAUUCCUAACUGACCUGACUCUCCCUAAAGCCAGCCACUCCUUUCCAGUUGUCCCCACCUUAGCCGAUGGCACCACCAUCCACUUGGUACCUCUGCUCAGAAAUCUAGGCGUGUCCUUGGCUCUCAUCCUCCUGGGUGUUGCUUCAGUCCAUCCCUUUCCCCUCUCUCCUCAGCCACCAUUCUAGCCCAGGACACCACUGCUGGUGGCCUGCGCUGUCGUUUUGGCCUCUUAACUGGCCUCCUAUGCUCCCUGAAGACCACUGUCCUCACUGCAGCAGAGGGGCCUGUUUGACAGCCCGCAUGUGACCCUGUCACUCCCCUCCUCAAACCGUUCAGGUCCUGGUCGUGUUUGCUUGAGGAGGCCUCCCUUGGCCCAAGUGUCAGAUGCUCCGCUGUGGGUUCCUAUGGCACCUGGGCCGACCUGCACUGUGGGGUUUCCACCUGGCACUGAGCUGGAGCUUUCUGGUCCAGCACAUCAGUAUCUCUCCUGGAGGGAGGAGCUUUGUUAAUCUCCGUGGCCCUAGACAUAGCCAGUCGGUGUUUGCAGAGUGAAGGAAGGAAUGAAUGAAUGAGUGGUGCUGGGGAUGGGGGAGAGUGCAGAUCAUCAUUCAGCAAAUACUGGUUGAGUGCCAGCCAUGGGCUGGGCACUGGUGGCGGGAGGAAGGAGGGGCGUGAUGAUGGCUGGGAGGAAGGGACUGCCCCAUGUGCUGCUCUCAAGAUUCGGAAUGUUUCUGGCUGGCCUGGCCCUGGUCCCUAUGUUGGGGAUAUGGCGUUGGUUGGUUGUUGGCUGUUCCACCCACAAACACCAGCUAAGGAGGCCACUGCAGCGCCCGGCGGUCCUGCCCGCUGCCUUCCUGGGCAGCCCUGCCCCAGUGUCUGGUCUCUCCACAGUGGCCCCAUAUGUCCCUCGGGGGAUCAGAAGGAGUCAGCCCUCUACCCUCAUGGAUGACCUGUCAUGCCGGAGCCACCAGGCUGCAGCCCCAUUCACGGCUUCUGUCUUGCUGUAUAUCUCUGGUCGGGUUAAAGCCCACACCGCUGCCCAAGGCUUUAACCACAUCCUGGAGGGGAGGGGGUGUCCCGAGAGGGUAGGGACACCCCUGGGCGCCUGCCCCCUCUCCCCACUUGCUGCACCCUUCCCCCCCCCCGGCACCCCCCGGUCAGGCUCUACUCUUGGGCGCUCGUGAUUCUCUGAACACUGUUCCCUCUGCAGGAAUGUCCUUCCGGACUUUCCCAGCCUGACGGCUUUUUUCUCAAUAUGAGUCAUGUUUGCUCCUCACAGAAGAAAAAACUUAAGCAUGAGCCAAGCAGAAACAAACAAACAAACAAAAAAUCACCCACAAUCACACCGCUGUUAGCUUUUGGGCACAUGUCCCUCCAAACGAUUUUCUUUACGUAUUCAUGGCCAUAAGCAGUCACGUAUUUCUACAGAAUGGGCUCUUCUCUCAGGCUGUGGAUAAACUUUCCUUCCUGUAUCUGGACAUUUUUCCACUUCGCUGAACAUCUCGUGAUCCCAUCAUCAUCAGUCGCAUAGUAUUCUGCUUCCCAUUUGUUGAUAUUUGAAAGCCCUGCUGACAUAAAUGUCCUGGCACAAAUCUUUGCUCACUGGUUAUUUCCAUAGAAAGUCUUCCUGCUGGUGAAGCGGCAGAUGGGAGAGCGCACCUUUUAAAGGCUCUUGGUCCCUGUCGCUAACUCACUCUCUAGGGGACGCUUAGUUCACCCUUCCUUCUGUCCAGCCCUGCUAUCCGCUAGCCUUGGCAGGAUUUCUCACCUUUGCCACCCUGUGAGGGACGAGCGACAUCCGAUCAGGGUGAUUCCUAUUUCGAGUGAAGUUCAUCACUGUUUCUAUUUAGUGGUUGUUUGUACUACUUUUGUAAAAUACCCUUCUUGUCCUUUGCCUGUUUCUUUUCUUUUGCAGACCUUUGCUGUUUCUUAUUUAUUGCUGAAUUAAUUCAGUCCCCACCUCCAAUCUCUGUCUCUCAGUGAAGUCUUCCCUUGAGCCUUUAAAGAGAGAACUCACGGGACCUGCCCUCACGGUGCAGAGGAGGGCUUCACCCACAGGGCACUCGCCCCCUCAGCCCUGCACCCCAUGUCAGGUCAGGGCGCUUCCAGCUGCAAGAAGCAUGGAGGGAUGGAAGCAUUGUGUCUGGCAGCGUAAGACAAGGAAGCAGCUCUCCAGUCUUAACCCUCAUCCAAAGAGAGGGAGAAAUGUGUUUGGAAGUUCGAGAGCACUGGCCAGUGUUUGCCCAGUGUGGGCGGUGUAUGGGUGCCCAGUAAGGCAACCAUGGUGCUCCCCACAGAGGCAGCUUUGUCUUCUCCAGGCAGCAGCUUUCAGGGUACAGUCCCUGGGCCAGCAGCAGCAUCAGGAUACUUGGGGAAAUGUGACUCUCAGACCCUGCCUUGUGGCCAGAAAGGGUGAGGAGGCUCUUCCUCCAGUUGAGGGAAGUGAGAGCCGGGCAUGCACUGGCCUCUGGGACAGCCCUGCAUUUCACUCCCGGGUUCUGCGUCCUGCAUUCCUCCCUGCCAGUCUCCUUCCUGCUUCCCCGUAUCUCCCACCCACACCCUCUCCAUCCCAUCUCCCAUCCCAGGGGCCCCGUUUGCCCCCCGAGCACCGACACCAGGCAGGCCCACCACGGCCUGUGCAGGAGCCAGGCCCCUCUGAGCUUGGCUCCCUGUCCUCCUGCUCCCUCGCAAACCCUCAGACCUCCUGUCUCGGGGCUGAUCUCCCAUCUCCAGGCAGGGGCUUUGGCAGGCUCUGCCACUGGUGGGCAGGAGGAGCAUCUGUAAGGAGUUUGGGGAUGUGGAUUCCCACACCUGCCUGACAUCCUGGGUCCCGGGAUGGGGUAGGGGCAUCUAGGGAGCCAAGUUGUUGCCUUGAACUCCAGAUGCCCCUGGUGCAGGUGGCUUGUGGACCUUGCCUGGAGAAACAGUAACUUGGGGGCCCGUUUGCACUUCUCCUCUGGAGGCCUCCUCUCCUCUGCAUAACCAUGGGAAGCCCCAUGCCCCUCAUGCACUGGAAUCACUAGGGAGCUUUAAAAACCACUGAGGAGGCUGGGCGCGGUGGCGCACGCCUAUAAUCCCAGCACUUUGGGAGGCCAAGGUGGGAGGAUCACUUGAGCUCAGGAGUUUGAGACCAACCUGGGCAACAUGGCGAAACCCCAUCUCUACAAAAAAUUAAAAAAUUAGCUGGGCGUGGUGGCGUGCCCCUCUAGUCCCAGCUACUUGGGGGACUGAGGUGGGAGCAUCGCCUGAGCCUAGGAGGCAGAGGUUGCAGUGAGCCGAGGGCGUGCCACUGCACUCCAGUCUUGGCAACAGACUGAGACCCUGACUUAAAACCACUGAGGCCAACUGGCAACCCCCCCACCUCCUCCUUUUCUGACUUCAUUGGUUGGGGGUGUCGCCUGGGCAGUCAGUACUGGCUUAGAAAGCUGCCCAGAUUUGUUUGUAUUGGAGGCAAAGGUGGAGGUGGGUGGUCAGGUGCUGGACAAAGCCCUUCCAGUGAUGGCCUCACCCAGCGGGUGGAAACCAGGGCACCUUCAUCCCUCACCUGCCUGCCUUCCUGCUGCCUCCAGGCAUCUACCACAGAGAGGAGAGCAGAUUCUGGGGAUGAAGCCAGGCCUUGACUCACAAGGCUCAGCCUGUAGGGAGAUCAGGGGCCUGCCCCCACUACCUGUCCUCUGGGUGGGGCAUUCCUCUACUGCCCUGGCCUGUGCACAUAGCCUGCAUCUCCCAUCUGGAUUAGAUCACCAGCCCGCUGGCUCCACACUGGCUCUGCCCUGCUGCCAGUGGCCACUUCCUAGGCCCUUGCCACACGGGCCACCUCUACUUUCUGGGAAUACACUGGUAUUGUCUCUGCCUCGGAGACUUGGCACCUGCUCUUCUGUCUGGAAUGCUCACAUCAGCCACGCAGAGGUUUAAAAUAUCUCCUCUGCGACGGGCCCUCCUGACCCGUGUCUUAAUGCUUGUCAGUUUCUCACCACCAUGUUGUCUGACUUGCCCCCAGGGAUGUGACGGCUUUCAUGAUGGCAGCGACCGUCCUCUGUCAUGCAUCACUAACUCCCAGCCAAGCACAGGGCCUGACACAUAGUAGGUGCUCAGUUAAUGCGUCAGCUCCUUGAGGACAGAGAAGAGCUUGACCAUGGAAGGUGACAGGGGCAGCCCAGGGGUGUGCGACUCCCUCGGUGAUGUUGGCAGGUGUGGGCAUGUGUGGUGAGGAAGAGCAUGUGGCAGAGACAAGGGCCAAAGGUGGGUCCUCAGGGCCCAUGGGUCUCCAUGGAAUGGACAGGGAGUGAGGAGCCUGAGGAGGGACAGCCAGGGAGACGGAAACCUGGUGUGGUUUCCACAUCCUGGAGGAGGGGUGUCCCAAGAGGGUAGGCCCUACCCUGAGCUGCCGAAAGCUCAGGGGACACAUCCUGAAACGGUCCCCGGGGCAGUGACCAUCCUAGGGGACCAGUCAGGAUCACCUAGCACCUGGGAGAUGAGGAAGCAGGGACUUGGUCCAAGCAGGGACCAUGUUUCUGUGUUGAGAGGAACUGGCUGUGGCUGAGGACACAGGAACGGGGAUUGGUGCUCGAGUCCCUACCAGUGUGUGACUUUCUCAAGCAGCACUUAGGCUGCCUGAGGCGCCACAGCCAAGGAGGCAGGUGGUCCAGGCUUGUUUAUGGAGCAGAAAGAUGGGGCCCGGAUGCAGAUGGCGCUGAGCACUUCGAGAGCAGGUGUUCAGGAGUGAAAAAAACCCAGCCAGGCUGGCAUCGUGGUCAAGAAUCCAUAUCACAGGAAUCCCUGACCCCAGAGGCUGUCCCCUCUGGUCCUGCCCUUGCCAUCCCGAGUCCCUCCCGUGGUGUCCAGUGAGUGGGUAUUCGCUUGUACGUGUGCUGAGUGUGUCACAAAGGGGGUGCAGGGACACCUGCCAGUUUCACACUGCCGUCUGGAGCACUUGCAGAGGCCCUGGCAGUCCUGACCUGGCUGCACUGCUCCGUUGCUUGUUCUCCAAGCUGCGAUCCCAAUUCGCUCCACACGGGCUUGCUCCUAUGGUCUUGGUGCUCCGGGUUCUCACUUUGUCCAGGGCCCCAGAGCUGAGUCUCUUAGCCCUGAGGAGUUUUAUUAGAAAUACGGGUCUAGAGGAUCUGAUUUUGGUUUUGUUCUUUAGGAAAGAGAGCACCCCAUGCAGAACUAACUGCACGUCAUUUCUAUAGCUGCUACGUCAGGACCAUGCCUUAAGUGUGGGCUGGGCGUCCUGACUUCCUUCCGCGGAGGGCAGUGUGGAAAGGGGUGGGAGUCACUUUACAGCCAAGAAACCUGGCAAACUGACUGCCUCGGCCCAGUGAUCACGGUCAGCACCAGCAGCCAUAAGUCACGUUGACGGCCUGUGCCCUUGACAUCGUGUGACGAGAAGGGCGCUCCAGCUGUGACAGACUCCAGCAAACCCAAUCGAGAGUCUACGGGAUGUCCGACCAGUCUUCAAAACCGUCACAGUCACGAGAAACAAGAAACUGUCAUAGUCGAGAGGAGCCUGAGGGGAUGUGACUACUAAAUGUCACGUGGGAUCCUGGAUGAGGUCCUGGGGCAGGAAAGAACAUGAGGGAAAGACUAAGGAAGCGGCUGGGGCGUGGACUAGAGGACACAGCUUGGGCUAUGGCUUUGUGAACUACGUGACCGCGAAGGAUGCAGAGAGAGCGAUCAACACGCUGAACGGCUUGAGGCUCCAGUCAAAAACCAUUAAGGUGUCAUAUGCUCGCCCGAGCUCAGAGGUGAUCAAAGACGCCAACUUGUACAUCAGCGGGCUCCCGCGGACCAUGACCCAGAAGGACGUAGAAGACAUGUUCUCUCGGUUUGGGCGGAUCAUCAACUCGCGGGUCCUCGUGGAUCAGACUACAGGUUUGUCCAGAGGGGUUGCGUUUAUCCGGUUUGACAAACGGUCGGAGGCAGAAGAGGCAAUUACCAGUUUCAAUGGUCAUAAACCCCCAGGUUCCUCUGAGCCCAUCACAGUGAAGUUUGCAGCCAACCCCAACCAGAACAAAAACGUGGCACUCCUCUCGCAGCUGUACCACUCGCCAGCGCGACGGUUCGGAGGCCCCGUUCACCACCAGGCGCAGAGAUUCAGGUUCUCCCCCAUGGGCGUCGAUCACAUGAGCGGGCUCUCUGGCGUCAACGUGCCAGGAAACGCCUCCUCCGGCUGGUGCAUUUUCAUCUACAACCUGGGGCAGGAUGCCGACGAGGGAAUCCUCUGGCAGAUGUUUGGGCCGUUUGGCGCCGUCACCAAUGUGAAAGUGAUCCGCGACUUCAACACCAACAAGUGCAAAGGGUUUGGCUUUGUGACCAUGACAAACUAUGAAGAAGCCGCGAUGGCCAUAGCCAGCCUGAACGGCUACCGCCUGGGGGACAAAAUCUUACAGGUUUCCUUCAAAACCAACAAGUCCCACAAAUAACUCGCUCAUGCUUUUUUUUGUACGGAAUAGAUAAUUAAGAGUGAAGGAGUUGAAACUUUUCUUGUUAGUGUACAACUCAUUUUGCGCCAAUUUUCACAAGUGUUUGUCUUUGUCUGAAUGAGAAGUGAGAAGGUUUUUAUACUCUGGGAUGCAACCGACAUGUUCAAAUGUUUGAAAUCCCACAAUGUUAGACCAAUCUUAAGUUUCGUAAGUUAUUUCCUUUAAGAUAUAUAUUAAACAGAAAUCUAAGUAGAACUGCAUUGACUAACCAGUCCCUCUGGAUGGUGGUGAACCUGAAGCAUGCUUUAACCUCUAAGACUGUCUAACACGCGUUUCAUUCAAUGUCUCCACAGACUGGGUAGCAAAAAAAAUCACCUUUUAGUUUUAGUUUUUAAUCUAAAGAUGUUAGACAGAUGCUGAGUGUGCGUUUUCUCAACCGCUUCAACAUUGUAAGCGAUGUAUGCUUUGGUUGACAGGAAGUUCCUUUUCCAGGCAGGUCCCGUUGCCACCUCCUGCUCACUCAGUCCCGGGCUCUGCCGAGUGGUCCUGGGAAUGGCGGCGGGCCCGUCCAGCGUGGGCCACCACUGGGGCCGGGGGCCGCGGGCCGCAUGCUGGGCGGGCCCUCCAGAGAAGGACACAAACGUGUUUCGUAAGCCCAGGCACCAAUGGGAAUGGACCAAAGAGUUUCAGGGAAACUCCAGUAUAUUCCAGAGUCAGAUCUAAGCUCCAGGCACGCCUGAAGAUGUGUUGCUACUCUGACAUCCCGAGUUUCUGUCCACACAUUGCAUGCACAGCGCCCCACACAUUGGAUACUGUUGUUCACGAUAAUUUCUCCCGUUUUCCAGAGCAUUUAACAUAGCUUGGAGGCGUAAAAUGGCUCUGUAUUUUAAUAACACAGAAACAUUUGAGCAUUGUAUUUCUCGCAUCCCUUCUCGUGAGCGCUUAGACCUUUUUCUAUUUUAGUCGGAUUUUGUUUUGGAAUUUUGCUUUUGUAUGAACACUCAGCAGAAAAGUACUUACUUCUUGCCAGUUAUCUAUUAACCAAAACCUUUGAUUUGUAGUUUUAAAGAUUAACCCUCAAAGUUCUCUUCAUAACUGCCUUGACAUUUUGGGUUGUUCUGUUCUGUUAAUUUUCUUUUGCUUUUUUGUGUUUUUUGUUUGUUUUUACUUUUGCAUUUAAGACCAUUAAAUUUGAUUUUGUUUUGCUCGAA